AUGGCAUCCGACGACUCCAUCCCAACCCUCAAAAUACUUUUGAUAGGCCCCUCGGGAGCGGGCAAAUCCGCAUUACUUAUACGAUAUUGCGACGACCAGUUUGAUUCGGAGAGUAGUACUGCUACUAUCGGAGUUGAUUUUAAGCUCAAAACCCUCUCGAUACACGGGAAACCCUACCGACUCAAUCUCCUCGACACAGCAGGCCAAGAACGCUUCCGCACACUCUCGAAUUCCUACUAUCGCGGUGCGCAUGCCGUGCUCCUCGUCUACGAUGUGACGAAUCGCGAAAGUUUUAAUAGUAUGGGGAGGUGGGUGGAGGAGGCGGAGAAUAAUGCCGUGGAUGGGUGUGUGUUUUGGGUUGUGGGGACGAAGUGUGAUUUGGGGAAGGGCGGGAAGAGGAUGGUUAGUGUGGAGGAGGGGAAGGCGUUGGCGGAUGGGUGGAGGGAGAGGGGGGUUAAUAUUUGUGGGUGGGGGGAGUGUAGUAGUAAGACUAGGGAAGGGGUGAAGGCGGUUUUUGAGGGGGUGGUAAGGGAGGUUGUCAAGAGGCCUGAGUUGUUGAAGGGGGGGCAGAGGAAGUCGGGAGGGGUUACAAUCAGAGCAGCUAAUGAUAGCUAUACAUCGGGAUGUGCUUGCUAG